UAAUGAUACUUUAAGUUAAUUUCAACUCGCCGGCAAAUACAGAGAGUCUAGCUAGUCUACGAGAUUGCACCGACAUGAGCGCCGCCAGUUCUCCUCCUCCGCUGCUCAACACACUUACACCCUCCCGUCGGACAGGCUUCAACCGUGCGUUUGCGGCAGUUUACGCAUGUGCCAUCGUAGCUUUGUUCUACCGCCACACACAAACACUCCUCGGCUCCAAAACACUAGUUUCUUUCUACGUAACCCUAGCGUUGUUCUUCUCCGAUCUUGUCCUGGCCUUCAUGUGGGCCAACGGACAAGCUUUCCGCAUGCGUCCGGUGUAUCGCAAAGAGUUCCCGGAAAACAUCGAAAAGGUGGUGAAAACAAGUGACUUGCCGGGGCUGGACGUGUUCAUCUGCACGGCGGACCCGUACAAGGAACCUCCGAUGGGUGUGGUGAACACCGCCUUAUCAGUGAUGGCGUACGAUUAUCCGACGGAGAAAAUAUCGGUGUAUGUAUCGGACGAUGGAGGAUCGGCUUUAACUCUCUUUGCUUUCAUGGAGGCCGCGAGGUUUGCUGCGCACUGGUUACCAUAUUGCAGGGAUAACGAUAUAGCAACACGGAGCCCAGAUGAACAUUUUGCAACCAAUUAUUGGAGGAGCUCUGAAUCUGAGAAGAUUAAGAUAAUGUACGAAAGCAUGAAAACGAAAGUCGAACACAUUGUCGGAAAAGGGAAAGUUGGAGAGGAACACAUCACCGGCGAUGAAGAACGUAGGGCUUUCAGUAAAUGGAGUAGCGACGGAUUCAGCCGUCAAAAUCACCCAGCUGUGGUUCAGGUUUUAUUGGACAAAAAUAAAGACAAAGACAACACAGGCCGUUGCUUGCCAAACCUGGUUUAUGUGUCUAGGCAAAAAAGCAAGACAUCUCCUCAUCACUUCAAAGCCGGAGCACUGAAUGCCCUGGUCCGAGUUUCAGCCGUCAUGUCCAAUGCACCAAUAAUUUUAACCCUAGACUGUGACAUGUACUCAAAUGAUCCAAGAACACCUCUCCGAGCCAUGUGUUAUGUUCUAGACCCUGAAACGCAGAAGAAUUUGGCUUACAUUCAGUUUCCUCAAGAAUUCCAUGGGAUCACCAAGAAAGACAUUUAUGCCUGUGAGCAAAAACGUUUGUUUAAAGUUCAUCCGGUUGGUUUUGACGGACUCUCCGGCCCUAAUUAUCUAGGAACCGGAUGUUUCUUCCGCCGGAGAGCUUUAUUCGGCGAUCCGUCAGCUAUGAUUUUACCGGAAACCAAGGAUUUAAGCCCUGAUUAUGUGGUGAACCAACCCAUAACUGCCCAUUCUGUUAUUGAAUUGGCACACCAUGUUGCCGGAUGCAAUUAUGAAAACCAGACCGAAUGGGGAUCCAAGAUUGGAUUUAGAUAUGGAGCACUUUCGGAGGAUUAUUACACAGGCUACCGUAUGAAAUGUGAAGGAUGGAGAUCCCUAUUCUGCUAUCCCGAAAAGCCGGCGUUCUUUGGAGAUACACCCAUCAACCUUCUUGAUGUUCUUAACCAAAACAAGAGGUGGGUGAUCGGCCAACUUGAGGUGGCGUUUUCGAGAUACAGUACCAUAACUUAUGGUGUCAAAGCUAAGGGGCCGGUGAUGGGGCUAGCUUAUUCAUACAUCGCAUUCUUAGCCAUUUAUUCAAUUCCGAUCACUACAUAUUCCUUUCUCCCCCAGCUUGCUCUCCUUAAUGGAGUCAGCAUCUUCCCGAUGGUCUCAGAACCAUGGUUUCUGCUUUACAUGUUCCUUUUCCUCGGAGCGUACGGGCAAGAUUUGUUCGAGUUCAUUGUAGAGAGGGGAACGGUGCAGAGAUGGUGGAGUGACCAGAGAAUGUGGAUGAUGAGAGGGCUUUCGUGUUACUUGUUCGGUUUAACCGAGUUCUUGCUCACAUCCAUCGGCAUUCCAGCUCAGGGUUUCAAUGUGACCAGCAAGGUAACCGACGAUGAGCAAAGCAAGAGAUACGAGCAAGGGCUUUUCGAGUUCGGAGUACCAUCGCCCUUGUUCGUGACGCUAGCAAUGGCGGCGAUAAUCAACCUGUUAUCGUUCAUCUUGGGGCUUGUACGUUUAAUCAAUGGCAGCAACAAGGAAGGGUUAGAAAUGCAGAUGCUCUUAACAGGAAUGAUCGUGAUGAAUUGCGUGCCGGUUUACCAAGCCAUGGCGUUGAGACGUGACAAAGGGAGGAUGCCUAUUAAAACUACCAUUACCGCGUCGAUCUUGGCAUCGGUUGUUCAUGUAGUGGCUUCUCCCUUAUCCAUGUGAUACAAGCAGAUCAGGAACUACACUAGAAGGGAAAUGAAGAAAUAAUAAUAUGCAAAUGCACUUAAUAUUUGUAUUAUUCG